ACUGUUCUCAGCAAGUUCAUGGUGUGUAGCCCCAAUGUCACCAAUGUGACCACCUGCAUGGUGUCCCACCCAGCUGGGAACUGGAGCCAGUCCAUAUCCUGCUGUGCCUCAGAGAAAACCAACACCAACGUUUUCCUGUAUGCCUGCAUCAUUACUUGUGUUCUGAUCAGUAUCACCUUGUUGGCUGUCAUAUGCUAUUUCAAGCUCCACAGUGGUAGACCAUGCCACAAAACCAAACCUCCUGAAAUUGCUCCUAUACAUUCCCAACAGGAUGACACAAUGGAAGUGGAACCUUAUACUACUUAUGUGCAGAAGGAAAAUGUAAUUUACAACUCAGUGUCUGAUCUGACAGUGGGGCAGAAUCUUCCACAAGACCUGUGUCCAGGAACAUGAAUGAUUCAACAACACCAGAAAAGGAAAGAAAUUCUUUAUAGAAGACUGGUUAUAGAAAGAAACUUCUCAGAGGAUUUGUUCAGAUUUUGGGGCAGCAUAGGUCUGUUCAAACACCUCUGCUUGCUGAUGAGUCCAUAGUUCUUUUUUUCUCCCUGUUUUGCUUUCCUCCUUGGGAAAAUGUGUUAUUCCUUGGGAAGAUGUGACUGAUCACACACCGUAGUG